AGCUCCUGCUUUGUCUAGCUCCAGAAAGCAUCACAUUCCACCCUGAAGUAGCAGAGCCCAUCCCUUUUUUCACACUGCCUUGGAGCAAAUAAUUCGUUUUUUCUAGUAAAGUUUCUGGGUUCACAAAAAGUGGAAGGGCUCAGGCUGGGAGGGCAGAAGGUGCUGUCGUUUUCCCACAGACAGAACUCGAAACAUCCAAGAACACAAAAGUUUUAUUCUUUGUUUUUUCCACUUUGAGGUUUUUCUUUUGAAGAAGCUCUUCAAGAGGUCCAUUUUAAAAGAAGUUUGCAGGAUUUAAAACUUUUUUUUUUGUCCUCAUACCAAGUGAGAAUUAAGCUGCGAUGUCUCUGAGAGGUGAUGUGUGUGUGGUGACGGGAGCCUGUGGAUUCCUGGGAAAGAGGCUGGUGAGGCUGCUGCUAGAGGAAGAGAAAAUGGCUGAGAUUCGGCUGCUGGACAAACACGUACAGCCCCAACUUUUACAAUCUCUGGAGGACUGUAGAGGCGACACAAAGUUGAGUGUGUUCGAGGGGGACAUCAGAGACAGUGAUUUCCUGAGAAAAACCUGUCGAGGUGCAUCAAUCGUCUUCCACAUCGCAUCCAUCAUUGACGUUAUUGAUUCGGUGGAGUACAGUGAGCUAUAUGGGGUCAAUGUCAAAGGAACGCAGCUGCUUCUGGAGGCAUGUAUUCAAGAGAACGUGGUGUCCUUCAUCUACACCAGCACCAUCGAGGUGAUGGGACCAAACCCCAAGGGUGACCCCAUAAUCAACGGCAAUGAGGACACAGUUUACGACUGUGCUCUGAAGUUUGCCUACAGCAAGACCAAAAGGGAGGCUGAGGAGAGAACCCUGCAGGCCCACAGCGAGGUGCUUCAAAAUGGAGGCCGACUGGCCACCUGCGCCCUCAGACCUAUGUACAUCUAUGGGGAGGGCUGCCGAUUCCUGCUGGGCCAUAUGGGUGACGGUAUACGAAACAAGGACGUUCUCUUUCGUAUGUCUCUACCAGAGGCCCGAGUGAAUCCUGUCUAUGUGGGCAACGUGGCUGUGGCCCACCUCCAAGCAGCCCGCAGCCUCAAAGAUCCACAAAAAAGAAAUGCUAUUGGAGGAAAGUUUUACUUCAUUUCUGAUGACACACCACCUGUGAGUUACUCAGACUUCAACCAUGUCAUGAUGUCACCUCUGGGCUUCAACAUUCAGGAGAAACUCCUGCUGCCGCUCCGCCUUCUCUAUGUGGUCUGUUUCAUAUUGGAGAUUCUGUGCAUGAUGCUCCGACCUUUCGUGCGCAUCGUCCCGCCGAUGAACCAGCAGCUCAUCACCAUGUUGAACACGCCGUUCAGCUUCUCGUAUCAGAAGGCUAAGAUGGAUCUGGGAUACACCCCCAGGUAUACCUGGGAGGAAGCACGCAAACGCACCAUUGAAUGGCUCGCCUCACAAUUGCCAAAUGAGAGAGAAAGAAUAAGAGCAAAAUAAUCAAUGAAAAGUCCUUAGUCGUAGAAAAGGUUUCAGUCGUAGUCAUCUGGACGCUGUUUUCAGAAUCAAGACGUUUCGGCUCCCAUCCGGAAGUCAUUCUCAAUUGUGAGUCAUUAGUCAUUAGUACUAUUUUAAAACUGCAGUUUAAAUGAUUUUUCACUGUAAAAAAAUACAAUAAGUAUGUUUAUACAUUAUCGGUUUAUGUCUGUUUGUGACCAUGUGUUUUUAUGCAUGAAUAACACCAUUUUCCUACAGCGACAAACUAAAAUUAAAAGUUUAGUGAAAUUAAAUGUGAAGCACAUUAGAGGCAUUUAAAAACAUAGUGUUCAUCACUGUAAAUGUUUCUUUAAAAGCACCAUUUGUGGACAUUUUGUGUUGUUACAGCAUCUUUCAACUUAUUCUGAUGUCUAGCAUUGGUUUUUGUUUGUUUAUCUGAUAUUACCACUAGGAGUCGCCAUAGUCACAUAUUCCUACACAUAUGGGGUUUAACUGUAGAUAAGCUGCAUUCACUCUGUGUUUCUUCAGUAUUUGUCUUUACAGAUAAUUACCUCGACCUCAGGAGAGACGAUUAAUGGUAGACAUCACAGUAGGCAACAUUAACUUAAACCUAUGAGGAAGGGGAGGAUAGGACUCACAAAACGCUAAAAGCUUAAAAAUGCUUAACUUUGACAUGAAAGUUUAAUAUCACCUGUUGUUCCUGUACUGUAUGGCAAUCUGCUAUGUAUUGUAGUGGCAAUUUCUUCGGAAUAAAGAAACACUCAAGGCAAUCACUUGUCUUUCUGUAGGUUUACUUCAAGCGUCUGCAGACGGACUCACAGCAGCAAAAACAUACAUCAGUAUAAUCUGCUCUGAGUACAGAGGAAAAAGAGCAUCAGUUAUUUAUCCAGUCUUCAGGGUCAGGCUCCUCAACCCGGGGAGAAGAGUAUCCCCGAAGUCUGGACAUAACAGUCACUAGGAUGCUUUGUAGUUCCAUAUCAUCACUAUCAAUUAACUGUUCUCAUCACGCUGUCCAAACAAUCAUACACAGAUCAAGUAUUGACGCCAAACAAUUACGUAUAGCAUCUGCAUGUUAUUAUAUCAGAGAGUUUGUAUGUUCUUGCCAUUACAGUAUACUAUUAAAGUUUAUGGUUGAAAAGUC